AGGCGCGCUUUAAAGGCUGUCAGUGUCAUAGCAACCAGUGCACAUCAACAUGGCUAAAGCUACAACAAUCAAAGAAGCCCUGGCUAAGUGGGAGGAGAAGACGGGGGAGAAGGCGUCCGAGGCCACAGCCAUAAAGCUGUACAGUCAGAUUCCUCCCAUAGAAAAGAUGGAUGGCACUCUUGCCACACUCACCAACUGCGAGAGGCUGUCUCUGUCAACAAACUGCAUUGAGAAAAUAGCCAACCUCAAUGGCUUGAAAAAGCUGAGGAUAUUGUCACUAGGGAGAAACAAUAUUAAGAACCUCAUAGGGCUGGAGGCAGUGGGAGACACAUUAGAAGAGUUGUGGAUCUCUUAUAACCUGAUAGAGAAACUGAGGGGAAUCAACGACAUGAAGAAACUCAAAGUGCUCUACAUGUCCAACAACCUGGUUAAAGAAUGGGCUGAGUUUGUGAAACUAGCUGACCUGCCAUGCCUGGUGGACCUGGUGUUUGUUGGAAACCCUCUGGAGGAGAAGCAUUCAGCUGAAGGGACGUGGAUGGAUGAAGCUUGUAAGAGACUACCGAAACUGAAGAAACUAGAUGGAACCCCAGUCAUCAAAGAGGAAGAGGACACGGGGGGAGACAGCUGAGAGGACCGCUAUUACUAUCCCAACUGUCCCUUUUUUAUAAAUUUUUUUUUAAAUUUUCCUGGUGUUUUUUUAUUCAAAAUGAUUUUUUUCAGUGGCAUAAGACUGUCAUAAGUUGUCAGCAACAAAAUGAUCAACCAAUACAUGGAGUGUGUCUGUAUCAGAGUUUGAAAAGAUCGGCUAAGAUUGGUAGAAACACUGUCCUUCAGGCCUUGUGGAUUUGAGACUGGAGAGCAAUUUAUGAUGAGAGGAAACUAUAGUCCUUGUGAGUAUUAAUACAGGAAAAGCACAGUCCUAAUCCUAUGCACAGUUUUAUAGUUUGAUUUGUUUUUGUUUUGUUUUGUUUUGUUUUACUGUCAAACUACGAAGGAAAAUGUGGGCUAACAAACACCUGUUGUUUCUGUUGAAGUGAAAAAGGAAGAUGAAGAAUAACAAAGUAUUCUCCCAGCCAGUUCUAUAUGUCAUUUGGGCUGGUAUUUGAAUUCAAAAGUAGUGUGUUACUAAUGACUUUGUAGUCAGGCUUGCUUAUUGAGUUUUUGGGUGAGAAUACUAACAUGUCACGUUUGAUGAAAAGUCAGUGUGGUUGUAUUUUGUAUUUUUGUCAGUUAAUGGUACAGACCUUGGGAAAUGGUAGUCUCUCUCAUGGUCAGUGUGGAUUUACAUUGUCUUGUCCACUACAGAAUGCACAGCUCCUGAUCCCACUGUGAAGAUGUGCCACCCUCUUGUUCCAGACUGGCCUUAAUUACAGUUUUUUCCAUGUUCUUCCAACUAGAACUGAAGCACAGUGCAGCAUGCACUUGUAACCAGUUGUCACAUUAACACUAUUCUGCUCACCCUUCUUUAGCACAAUAAGCACUGGCGUCAAAUAGCUUAUGCUGUCCUUUAUAACAUCACCAAGCAGACAUGACCAACAUGUGAAAUAUUGGCAGGUUUACAGUGCAUUCACAUCAUAUGGUAAUAAACUGGGAGGACUUAAAGGUUCAGAGCAAAGAUUUAGAAUGCUCAUGUUUGAUAGCAUUUGAAACCAUUAAGAUGCCAAUUUAGUUUUCUGUAAACUGUGGUUACUCCUGAUUUGAUUUAUACAUUUGCUAAGUGAUACAUUUGAGUUCAUGUUUUACAGCAAACCAAACCUUUCAGUGUCCACCAAAAUUAGUGACACCUUGCAAGUAGUUGUGUCCCACGAUGGUGCUUUUAUAACUUUCAGGACAUACAUCCAUACUUGAGUUUGUAGCUGUUGUCAGAAUUCAGGAAGGUUAUCUGCCAAACCCCGGGUUCCUAAGUUUUAGAAAGCUAAGGUGAAUGGUGUUUUGAAAUAGGUAACUCAUAUCUUCUGUCUUUGUCAUGUGAUUUGAAUGCAGCAUUAGAAUUACAAGGUACUUUGAAUCAGGAAAGACCAAACUAUCCACACAUCUAUUUGUAAUGGUGCUGUUAGAGAUCUUACUGGCUAUGUUGCACUGACGCCAUGAACCAUUUUAAACUUAUUGAUAUUCAGAUCAAACAUCGAUAUACAUUGUACUGAAGUAUAGUACAAGUUAUUAUAUGAAGGAGAGUGACUGUUUUGACUAUUGUAUGUUUGACUCCGUAUGUCAAUUCAAUUUUGCAGUGGUUUCCAAAACAGCUUGUUCUCUUUCUUGAAGAUUUGAUACUAAUAUUAAGUGUGACAUGUCAUAAUCAUUCACCAUUAUUUGCAUUCACCAUUAUUUAAGUAAAAUGUCUGUUUUAAAUUAUUUUUAGUCAUGUUUGUAUAUAUGAAUGUGAGGUGU